GAGAGUGCUAAAUUGUGUUGUGUUGGAACAAUGGCAGCGCUUUGGUGGUUCUUGGGAGUUAUCGUACUUUGUAUCACUAGUCGUUUGUUUGCUGCAUAUUCACUGGCACAAAGUCAACAAGCCUUCCAGUGGCUGGGGCAACAAUCUUCUUUGAGUUUUGAGGCUAAACAGCUAGCUCCUCAGGCAAAACCUUUUCAGAAGUGUAAUGUGGAUGACUAUGAGAAGGUGCAGUGUGGAGAGCCUGGCAUUUCUCAUGCAAACUGUGAUGCUAUAAACUGUUGUUUUGAUGGACAAGAGUGCUACUAUGGCAAAGCAGUGACUGUCCAGUGUACAAGGGAUGGGCAGUUUGUAGUUGUGGUAAUGAGAGAUGCAACCCUUCCAAGGCUGAGCUUGGAGUCCAUCAGCCUUUUGGGAGGAAGUGAUCCUCCUUGUGGUCCUGUUGGCACCACUGUUGCUUUUGCUAUCUACCAGUUCCCUGUCACUGCUUGUGGCACCACAAUGACGAUGGAUGGUGACUUUCUAGUUUAUGAAAACAAAAUGACUUCUACCUAUGAAGUAGGUGUUGGACCUCUAGGCUCCAUCACGAGGGACAGCCAUUAUGAGCUCCUCUUCCAGUGUAGAUAUUCCGGCACCAGUGUUGAGGCAUUGGUUGUUGAAGUCAACACCGUUCCUCCUCCACCUCCUGUGGCUGCUCCUGGACCUCUGAGAGUCCAACUUAGACUGGCUAAUGGGCAGUGCUUUGCUAAGGGAUGUGUGGAAGAAGAUCAAGCUUACUCGUCAUACUAUGGUGAUGCCGAGUAUCCUGUGACGAAAGUAUUGCGGGAGCCGGUCUAUUUUGAAGUGCACAUUCUAGAGAGGACUGACCCCAACAUUGUUCUGACUUUGGGUCGCUGCUGGGCAACCUCAAACUCUGACCCUCAGAGUCUGCCCCAGUGGGAUCUUCUUGUGAAUGGUUGUCCUUACCAGGAUGACCGUUACCUGACCACACUGAUCCCUGUGGAUGGGUCUUCAGGCCUGCAGUUUCCAACUCACUACAAACGAUUCGUACUCAAAAUGUUCACGUUUGUGGAACCUACAACUUUGGUUCCAUUGAAGGAGACGGUUUUCAUUCACUGUAGCACAUCAGUGUGUACCCCAACUGCAGCAGAAACUUGUGUUCAGAGUUGCAGCCGGAGGAGGAGAGAUGCUGAGAAACCAGCAGACGGUACCCGUACAGUUGUCUCCAGUGGAGAAGUUAUCUUUCACUUCCUCUGACUCGUUUUGCAAUAAAUUCUGAAA